AUGGGGACUGACAGUGAAAACCCAAUCCUGAGGAACGUGCUCAUCAGCUUCAACUUGCUUCUGCUGAGCACUGUUCUCAAGCCUUUUGAGUGUCAUCUGGAGGUGACAACAGAGCCAGCUGAGAGGCCAGUAGUGGAUGAGGAGGGUGGCCUUGCCAACUGCAGCCCACCUAUCAAAGAGCAGCCCAUGGUCUUUCACCACAUCUACAACAUCAACAUCCCCCUGGACAGCUGCUGCUCAUCUGUGUUCAAGUCUUCAGCCGAGGAGGUGAGUUCAGAAGACGACCGUCUGGCAGAGUACGCAGAGCAGACCUCCGACAGCGAGAACCAGGUCACCUUCACCCACAGGAUAAACUUGCCCAAGCAGGCCUGCAAGUGCUCCACUUCCCUCCCGUCCCUGCAGGAGCUGCUGAGCAGGAUUGAGAUGCUGGAGAGAGAGGUCUCCAUGCUCCGGGACCAAUGCAACUCCAAUUGCUGCCAAGAAAAUGCAGCCACAGGGCAGCUGGAUUACACCCCGCAGUGCAGUGGUCACGGGAACUUCAGCCUGGAGUCGUGCAGCUGCGUGUGCAUGGAGGGCUGGGCGGGCAGCAACUGCUCUGAGCCCCGCUGCCCCCGGGGCUGCUCCAGCCGAGGCAUCUGUCUGGAGGGCCAGUGCAUCUGCGACAACGACUAUGGGGGCGAGGACUGCUCACAGCUCCGCUGCCCGGCUGGCUGCGGCUCCCGUGGGCUCUGUGUGGACGGCGAGUGCAUCUGUGAGGAAGGUUUCACCGGGGAGGACUGCUCCCAGCUGCGGUGCCCCCGCGACUGCUCAGGGAAGGGCCAUUGCAUCAACGGCACGUGUGUCUGCCAGGAGGGCUACGCUGGGGAGGACUGCGGGUGGCUGCACUGCCCCAAUGCCUGCAGUGGCCGCGGGGUCUGCCAGGAUGGCCUCUGCAUCUGCGAGGAAGGCUACGAAGGGCAGGACUGCUCAUCAGUGGCUCCUCCUGAAAACCUGCGAGUGACAGGGAUCAGCGACAGCUCCAUCCAGCUGACAUGGGACAGCACUGGGGCAGCCACCGAAUACAUCAUCUCAUACCAGCCAGCAGGGCUGGCAGGCACCCAGCUCCAGCAGCGGGUGCCUGGGGGGUGGAGCAGUAUCACCAUUAUGGAGCUGGAACCAGGUGUUGCCUACAAUGUUAGCAUCUAUGCGGUCAUCAGUGAUGUUUUGAGCAUCCCUGUUACCUCCAAGGUGAUGACCAACCUCGCCACACCACAGGGGCUGAAGUUCAAGACCAUCACAGAGACGACGGUGGAGGUGCAGUGGGAGCCCUUCUCCUUUCCCUUCGACGGCUGGGAGAUCAGCUUCAUCCCCAAGAAUAAUGAGGGAGGUGUGAUCGCCCAGCUCCCCAGCACCGUCACCACCUUCAACCAGACUGGGCUGAAGCCUGGGGAAGAGUACACUGUCACCGUGGUGGCCCUGAAGGAACAAGCCAGGAGCCCUCCCACCUCCGACAGCGUCUCAACCCUCAUCGAUGGCCCAACGCAGAUCCUGGUGCGGGACGUCUCCGACACAGUGGCCUUCGUUGAGUGGACGCCGCCACGUGCCAAAGUGGACGCCAUCCUGCUGAAGUACGGGCUGGCGGACGGGGAGGGCGGGAGGACCACCUUCCGCCUGCAACCCCCCCUCAGCCAGUACUCCCUGCAGGCCCUGCGCCCUGGCGCCUGCUACCACCUUUCCGUCAGUGCCCUCCGGGGUGACAACGAGAGCCGGCCAGCCCUUGCUCAGUUCACCACAGAGAUUGAUGCCCCCAAGAACCUGCGGGUGGGCUCACGGACACCUGCCAGCCUCGAGCUCGCCUGGGACAACAGCGAGGCUGAGGCACACAGCUACAGGGUGGUCUACAGCACCCUGGCUGGGGAACACUACCAUGAAGUCCUGGUGCCGCGCGACACUGGUCCCACCACCCGGGCCACCCUUGCAGAUCUGGUGCCAGGGACGGAGUACGGCAUUGGAAUUUCAGCCGUGAUGGACAACCAGCAGAGUGUGCCAGCAACCAUGAAUGCCAGAACUGAGCUUGAUAGCCCACGGGAUCUCCUGGUGACAGCCUCAACAGAGACAUCCAUCUCACUGGCCUGGACGAAAGCCACAGGUCCCAUCGACCACUACCGUGUCACCUUCACCCCUGCCUCAGGGAUGGCCUCCGAAGUGACAGUGCCUCGGGACAAGUCACAGCUCACCCUUUCAGAGCUGGAGCCUGGGACAGAGUACACCAUCUCCAUCAUCGCCGAGAGAGGACGCCAGCAGAGUCUGGAGGCCACUGUGGAUGCCUUCACAGGGGUUCGGCCCAUUACACAGCUCCACUUCUCCCAGCUGACAUCCUCCAGUGUGAAUGUCACAUGGAGUGACCCAUCCCCACCAGCAGACCGCCUCAUCCUCACCUACAGCCCUCAGGAUGAAGAGAAGGCACAACAGAUCACACUUGAUGGCACUCACAGGCAUGCCAGCCUGACGGGCUUGCAGCCAUCCACCGAGUACCUGGUGUCACUGGUGGCCAUGCAUGGUGCCAUCAGCUCUGAGCCUGUCGUGGGCUCCAUCACAACAGGGAUCGAUGCGCCAAAGGACCUCAGGGUGGGCAAUGUCACCCAGGAGUCCAUGAUGGUCUACUGGAGCCCUCCCAUUGCUGCCUUUGACCACUAUAGAAUAUCCUACCGUGCUGUUGAAGGGAGGACAGACAGCAUCGCCAUUGCCAGAGAUGUCACUGAGUACACCCUCCACCACCUGCAGCCUGCCACCAAGUACGAGAUUGGGGUGAAGAGCAUGCGGGGCCGGGAGGAGAGUGAGGUGGCCUCCAUUAUCGUGCACACAGCCAUGGAUGCCCCCUUGGGGGUCACAGCCACCAACAUCACCCCCACCGAGGCACUGCUGCAGUGGAACCCGCCACUGUCCGAGGUGGAGAGCUACAUCCUCGUCCUCACCCGCCGUGCAGUUUCAGGAGAAACAAUUCUAGUGGAUGGAGUCCAUCAGGAGUAUCAGCUGACAAAUCUCCUGCCCAGUACCACCUACACAGUCUCUAUGUAUGCGACCAAUGGACCUCUCACCAGCCAGACCAUUAGCACCAACUUCACAACUCUUUUGGAUCCUCCAACAAAUCUGACCGCCAGUGAAGUCACUCGACGGAGUGCCCUGCUCUCCUGGGUGCCUCCCGUGGGAGAGAUCGAGAACUAUGUCAUGACCUACAGAUCCACCGAUGGCAGCCGGAAGGAGCUGAUUGUGGAUGCUGAGGACACAUGGAUCCGCCUGGAGGGGCUUUCUGAGACCACAGAGUACACAGUGCGCCUGCAAGCAGCCCAAAAUGCCAUGCGGAGUGGCUUCAUAUCCACCACCUUCACCACAGGUGGCCGUGUCUUUGCUAACCCUCAGGACUGCGCUCAGCACCUGAUGAAUGGAGACACGCUGAGUGGCAUCUACACCAUCUCCAUCAACGGGGACCUCAGCCAGCGGGUGCAGGUCUACUGUGACAUGACCACCGACGGAGGCGGCUGGAUUGUCUUCCAGAGGCGGCAGAAUGGGCUGACUGAUUUCUUCCGGAAAUGGGCAGAAUACCAGGUUGGCUUUGGAAACUUGGAGGAUGAGUUUUGGCUCGGCUUGGACAAUAUCCACAAGGUCACAUCCCAAGGGCGCUAUGAGUUGCGAAUAGACAUGAGGGACGGCCAGGAAUCGGCAUAUGCCUACUAUGACAAGUUCUCCAUUGGUGACUCCCGGAGCCUGUACAAGCUGCGAAUAGGGGACUACAAUGGCACUUCGGGGGACUCCCUCAGCUAUCACCAGGGCCGCCCCUUCUCCACCAAGGACAGGGACAACGAUGUCGCUGUGACCAACUGCGCCAUGUCCUACAAAGGGGCCUGGUGGUAUAAGAACUGUCACCGCACCAACCUCAACGGCAAGUACGGAGAGUCCCGGCACAGUCAGGGGAUUAACUGGUACCAUUGGAAAGGCCAUGAGUUCUCCAUCCCCUUCGUGGAAAUGAAGAUGAGACCUUAUAACCACCGUAACAUCUCUGGGAGGAAGAGACGGUCCCUACAGCUCUGAGCCAGCUGAACUCCCUCCCACUUCCCACCACCUGACCUUUUCUGUCAUUUGUUUGUAUUUUAUAAUAUGAAAAGGGAAAAAAAAAUUACUACUCGUCUGAGAUAGCAACCUGCCCCUCACGAGUGCUGGAGGGAACUAUGGCACAAGCAAAGGUCAUGGGAAAGGAAAGACCUCGCUUCUUUGCAUCUGUCCCAGAGAAAUACCAAAUUUCCAGUCUCCCUACCCCAGUAUUCUGGCCCUUAACACGAGAAGAAAGAGAGAGAGACAGACAGAUUUUUGAUAUUUUUUUAAAAGACUUAGCAGUCCCCCAGUAUACCCUGUUAGAAACAUUUGUCAUGGGGCUCAUGGCAAAAACUUCCCCCACAGGGACUUCAGUGCAUUCAUUUCUACCCCAGUCAUGGACACUCAUCCUCUCCCUGCCUCCCUUUCCCCUCUUGGCAGGGAGGUCCCAAGCUUCAUGGCUUCCAUAGACACCAACUCCUUCCGCAGGCAGAGGCCUGUCUCUCCUUCUGGCUAAGGGCACAUAGCCUGGUCAUCCCUCCCUUGCAUGCAGGCACUUUAUGCAUAGAGACAACGCAAGGAUGAGAAAACACAAGUCUUAUCCCAUCUCCAGUUUGCACAGAUCACACCAGGAGGGCUUGGUGAAUAUCUGCAUGUGUGGGCAAACUCUAAAGAACUCAUAGCUCACGUGUUGACACCACCACAGCCAAAGUCAUCCUCAUGUACAUGGGGUGCAGUGGAACAAGAGCUGCUCCACCAGCCUCAACCUGCAUCAUCUUCUCCUCUGAGCUGAACUCAUCCCACUUCAGGUGCAUGACAUCUUCCUGGGUUAUGCUGAGCUUGAUGGAGGAAAAAGGAUUCAAAUUAGAGGACUUGGGAGAAAAAUCACUACUUGUGGUCUUGAAGUCUAGAGACCAUUUCCUCUGCUAUUUCCAAAUUCCACAAUUCUGUCUCUCACAGAGGUCAUUGGUCCUAAACUAAAGAAUCUCAGAGAAGGAUCAGCAACCAAAAGAGCUAUCACACAACUCCAGCCCAGACAGCAGCUGGCACAGCCCAGAUGCUCUUGUUCAGGGACCUCCACAUACACAGGGAAGGAUAAGGAUGCAGCCAAGAGAAGACAAGUGCAAGCUGAGAAACUCCCAUUCCCUUCCUUGUCCUACACCAUCUCUCUUUGCCACCGUCACAAAAGGGACUCAAAUCUCAGCGCCUUGGUAUCACCGUCUCUCUAACAGAAAAUGAACUGUUUCCCGUCCUGGAAGGAAGGCUUAGUCCAUUCAUAUUUUGGAGCACAUCAAGACUCCUGGAAGAAUAGAUGAGUUCACUCUUCCCAUCUUUAACGUCUUUUAUCUUAAGGGUGAUGGACCCUUCAGAUAGCUCUGGCUGCUUUCUGUAGUCAUUGACACCACCUCCACGUAGCCCAAAUGACCACCAUGCUGGAGUCGCUCCUCUGCCAAGGGCUCUGAUCAAUGCUGGGUAUUGUCACUGGCUUGGUCUCAGAGAAGGGACUCAUCCCCACAUCCAAGGACAAUGCAGCUCAUCGCUGGGUUCACAGCCAAGGGAGCAUUACAAAUGCUAAACACUGCUUUUUGAUUUUAUCACACUGAAGCUGCUUUGUCUCAAGAAACAUCUUCCAGAUGGCAACAUAAAGGCAUCUUUGCAGUAGCUUAUAAUUCAGGCCAGUGUCUCUUUCACGGUCAUGCUCCUGCAUUUUCUGACAUUACUCACCAUGGCUGUAGAGAUGAAGAAGGGUAUUAAUUGGGAAAUGAAGCCUCCUUGUCCGUGCCACGUACUGGCACACAAAAUCAUAGCUAACCCCAAGGACAGGAUUAGAUAAAGGGUCCAGCCCUUCAAGUGGUCAGCUUACAAGCUGCAGACCAACCUGGAGGAAGGAUGCUGUAGUUCAUCAAUAUCUCGUAGGUAAAUGAGGCACCUCUUCUUACUUACCAUCAGGAUUAAAUCAGACAACAAGUCAACUUGAGGAACAGGUCAGUCAGGCUACAGGUGAUGGGAUCUCUUGUAGGACAUGGUCAUUAUCACAGAUGGCAGCAUGUCAUACCUUCCAAGCAACCUGCCCUGUUUUAGGUCCCAAAAGACAACAAGAAGCAGCAGAUAGAACUGAUUAAAACCUAAGAAGCCUCCUAGUAGACCAGCAGAGUAAUAUGUUUUCCCAUUAUCACCAAGAGUUUAUAGGCAACAAGGGUCCUAACAAAAGCACUAUAGUGCUGGGGUUAUAAGUAGGAGCAAAUUGGCGGUGGAUGGCAUUAUCACCUGUCCUGGAUGGUGCUGUUUAUCUACCCAGGUGAAAGGAAGAGACAUCAGUGGAAACAAGGGAGCUCAUCAUUCACAAUCAAGUGGAAGGCGAGAAGCUCCUCUUUUCAAAGGUAAAAUCAAACAGAAAAUCAACACACGCCAAGUUUUUCCAGGAGAUUCAAAAGAAAAUCCUCAAAAAGUUUGAUUAUUCUCUAAAUAGAUUUUCUAAUGUAUGCCUCUCCCUCCUUGCUUAUGUCUGUCAUUCCUUUUAUAAGUCCUGUAACGAAGAUGAAAGGACCCUGUUGACUCAACUCCACCAUCAAUUCUGAAGGAUGACUCUGGAGAUAAUAUCUGACCUUCCAGUGCCGCUAUAUACCAAUGCUGUCCUUGAUCUCAAACACAGUGCCAAGGCAUUGCCUUUCCUUUACCUUGGUGAAAUGCAGUUACUAAAAACUUUUAAAGGAAAGACAUCUACAUGUGGUGGUUUUUCUCUCCUGGUGAUAACCUAACACAAGCCUCAGCAACAAUCAGCAGCAAUGACCUGGUCAUUUGGGCCACUGUCCCUUGUUCACAUUGUCCAUCUAUAAGAUGCAGUUUUCCAGAAAUUUAUUUUUCAUUGUUGCCUGAUGAAUUUUUCUGGGCAAAGAUCCUGCCAGUUGUUUUCAGCAAAUUUUUGCUUGAUACUGAUGAUACAGAACAGGCAGGUGAUUAAGUACAGUCUCUCUUUAGCCUCCAUCACUGGUUGGGCAAGCCCUUUUUCUGAAUUCAUUGUCCAACCAAAAGAAGUUUGGCCCUGUCGCCCAUCAGUGUAGCGUUGAGGUUGAAUGAAGUCUUGGCAACAGGCCUGAAAUUCCCAGAAACCUAGCUGGAUCCUGCACAGUGUUCAUCUUGAGGGACCUUAGCUCCAGCACAUGAAUCAUCACUGGGCUCUGGUGGCUCUUCUGCCACCCAGCUCAUAUGGCUCAGGCUUGCUGCAGCCCCUAAAGAAACCUUGAAGCUGUUAAUCAAAUCACACUAUCCACUGUGAGAUGACAACUCCCAUAACAUCAAACAAGAAGCAUGUCAUGUCCUUAACCCAGCAGAGCACCAUGACUGCCCAGGACCCCCACAGCCUUUUGAAGCCACCUCUUCUUUCUAACCCCCAAAUCCUGGAAGGAAACGCCAAGGGACUUUUUCAUCGCUCACACAGUUUUGAUUUCCCUGUUUCCAUUCCUGCCAGUCCUCCAAGCCCACCUUUCCACCACGCACUGCACUAAAAUGUAACCAAAGGAAAAAAAAAAAAAGGCCUGAAAAGGAAAAGCUGCUUUUAGUAAAGUGAUCCUUAAGACAGCAUUUAUAAAUUACUAAUAUGGGAAAAGAAAGAGGUCAGGCCUUCCCCAAAGGUAGCUGGGUUUUGCCAGAAGGAUGCUGGAAGAGUGUCAGAGCCACACAAAGGUUGGGAAGAAGCCUUUGCUUCUACCCAUCUUUGUAUUACUUUACCAUGGACAUCUCAAAGCAUAGCACCAGACUAAAUGCCCUCUUGCCCCAAGUUCCUACCUUCUUCCCAAAGUGAUGCUUACUCCAGCUGAAGUGUCAGGGUGUGGAAAUCACAGCUCAUGACACCUUUGUCCCCAGUGGUGCAGCAGGUGAGGGCUCAGGUAGUGGUGUUCCCACACUGGGGUGACCCUGUGCCCACAACAGACUUAGAGUGACCUGCCCAAAUACAGCAAGAGUCAGAGUACCCGCCCAGUGCAUCGUCUCCGUGCCAGCACAUGCCCUUUAUGUGGCAGACCCAGAGCCACACUCCUGGUGUGUCCCCACCAUCACACCCUGGGAUGACCACACACCCCCUGCCCUGUGCCCCCCAGCAACACCCACAAGCUUUGACCUUACCAGACACUGCCAGCAAAGAGGUCUCACCCCAAAAAACACUUCAAGUCAUGCUUACACCCACUAACAAAGGUCUCUGUCCCAAGGCCAAGCAAGAAGCCCAUCCCUGUUUCUGUCAACCAAGCACUCAGGAUGGUCAACAAACUCGACCAAGCCUCUUGAGGACCACCAGUACCCUCCAGGGUCACUUUCCCCCUUCCUUAAACCUGAUGGUGCCCAGAGCGUGGUGGCAGCUCAUUGCCCCUCCCAGGGGGGAGGUUUGCAGUAAGGGGGGAGGGAAACACUCUUUCCUAGGGAGAUGCUGAUGCCCAGAGCUGCCUUGGUACCCAGGCUGCAGCUCUCCAGGUGUCAGUGGUUUCUCAGAAGGAUGGUGACGCGAAGAUCAACAAAUGAGCAAGCAGCCCCCUCUGUACAGGUGUUACCCUGGAAUUGUGUUUAUUACUUUAAAAAAAUUAAAAACCUUAAAUAAGAAGAAAGAACGGAGGCAACGAAAUCCCUUGGACAAGUUCUGAUGAACUCAAACACAAAUCAACAAAACCAAAUGAGGGGGAAGAUAAAAGCAAAUAAAUGCAUAAAUAAAAUAAACAAUAUAAAUAAAUAAUAUAUUAAACAACCCUCCCCACCCUGUAAUGAAAACUUAGCUCAGAGAAUGGGAUCGACGCUUGUUAACCAUUGUUAACUAGUAUUUUUAGUCCUGACCGCUCUUAGGCUAUGUAUAGUUCCUUUUUUUAAUGCAUUUUCUAUACAUUAAUAAAAGAUACUGAACGAG